GUUUUGAGUGCGUUUACCUGAGUGCGUUUACAGCUAGUUUAGCGUCUCGAUCGCCCUUGAAAGACUCAACAUGGCAGGUAGACUGGCGAGAUCUCUCCUCCAGAGAAGGUUCGGAAGCUCUCUGCAGCGGCUGCCAGUGAGACUGGCCAGUGGAGAGGCCUACGUACCUGAGAAGCCACCAGUGGAAGGGAAGACAGAGAACAUGAAGUUGGUCCAUGCCAUAAACAAUGCUCUUGACAUCGCCAUGGAGACUGACUCCACUGCAGCCAUAUUUGGGGAAGACGUGGGGUUUGGAGGAGUCUUCCGCUGCUCUGCUAAUCUCAGAGAUAAAUAUGGCAGUAACAGAGUGUUCACAUGUACAAUACAGGUCACGAUUGGAGCAGGUGGACGUAUUAAAGUGUCAGACUUUGGAAUGGCCGUAGAGAGAGGUUCGGAGGGUUACUAUCGAGUUGCCUCUGGGAAGACGGAGAAAGUUCCAGUCAAAUGGAUGGCUCCAGAGAGCAUUGAGGAUCACAUCUACACCCACAAGACUGACGUGGGGCUUUAACAAUUCUUGGAGAAGCAUGAACCUACAAAAAGAGUUGCAUACAAAUUAUGUGCAGUUCACUAAUUUUAGACCGCAGUCACGCGCAAUUGACCAAUCACAUUACAGAAUUGCGGGGGGGUUUAUUUUUCAUAGACACCUCGUUUCAGGUGUCUAAUGGCGUUUGCAGGUGGUCUACAGCAAACUCCCCGUACAAAAUGGCUAUUCUCAAAAGUCGUUAUCUGCGCAAACCGGCCGAUUCCGCGUUCGGUAUAUGUAAGUGUAGAAGGCGCGACUGGCAAAGUAGCUCUUUUAAAAUGCGUAGUGCACCUGCAAGAAGUCUGUGGACAGUCUCCGGAGCUCGCGAAAGUCAGAAAUCACGUCAAUAUUCCACGAAAAAAGCGUCGGCUUCUUCAGCUCUGGCGAUACACAAACACAUUGGGCCGUUGCCGUGCGUUGCUAACCCUUUCAAACGCGCACCACCAAUGAGGGCGUUUUAUGAUUAGACGUAACGAUUUUUGACGGGGGCGGGGGGCUGUCUCCUCGGAGUCUCACACGUAAAAAAAAAAGAGCGUCUUGUUCCAUCCGAAGGUAAGGAAUGAGGAAUGAGCGCAGCGUUGCUAGCUUGUUGCUACCCAUUUGAACGCGCAAACACCAAUCAGAUACUCCGGUCUAAACCGGUUAGACGCGGAAGCUCGGUUGUCU